AGAGGAGCCGUGUGAUAACGGUGUAUACUGUCACCAGUACUAUCGCGCGGCCACCAGCAGGGAUCGCUGCCCCCAUUACCACCACUACUUUCCUCGCUCCGUCUAACUUCCGCCUACGUCAGACCCUCUCACAACACGGAAUAAUGGCGGCCAGCUCAGAUCGGAAUCCCCCUCCUUUCCCUGCCACAGAGGAGCCCGGAGCUGGACUGUCUGACAUGGCAGACGGAGACAGCGAUGAGGGAGAGGACAUCUUCGUCAGUCACAGUGACCCUGUGGCUGUGAGUCGAGGAGUUUCUCAGCCAGAUCGUGCCAGUGAAGCGGCUCCGGAUCUGUUUGGUGAGGAGGAGGCCAGCAGCACUCUGGCCAAAUCCAACGGGGUUCACUCUGACGAUGACAACGACCUGUUUUCUGAGGCAAAUAUGGAGCCGAGCCCAGAUAAGCCCAGCAGCUCUGACAGGAAGGAGCUUCCCACCUCCUCUGGCCCCUGUUCUCCCUCCUCGUUCACUCAGGGCCCUGCAGCCAUGCAGCCCACCUCCUUGGAGCAGUUGGAGGAAGACGAGGCCAAGGACAGUUUUGAUGUGGAUGUUGCCGUCACCAACCCGGAGAAAGUCGGAGAUGGCAUGAAUGCAUACGUGGCCUACAAAGUUUCCACCAGGACGUCCCUGCCCAUGUUCAGGAGUAAAGCCUUCACCACGAGGAGGCGUUAUAGUGACUUCCUGGGUCUCUAUGAGAAGCUGUCCGUCAAGCAGUCGCUCCUGGGCUGCAUCAUUCCACCGCCACCUGAGAAAAGUGUUGUAGGAAUGACCAAAGUGAAGGUGGGAAUGGACGACCCAUCCUCUGUUGAGUUUGUCGAGAGAAGAAGAGCAGCUCUGGAGAGGUAUCUUCAGAGAAUAGUGGCUCAUCCGUUGUUACUACAAGAUCCUGACGUCCGUGAGUUCUUGGAGAGAGAAGAUCUACCCAGAGCAGUGAACACGCAGGCACUGAGUGGAGCUGGCUUCCUCAAAAUGAUCAAUAAGGCAUCAGAUGCUGUCAACAAGAUGACCAUCAAGAUGAAUGAGUCUGACACUUGGUUUGAGGACAAAUUCCAGGAGGUGGAGAACGAGGAGCAGCAGCUGAGGAAGCUUCAUGCCGUGGUCGACUCCCUGGUCAAUCACAGAAAGGAGCUGUGUGGGAACACAGCAGUAUUUGCCAAAAGUAUGGCCAUGUUGGGUAACUCUGAGGACAACACAGCCCUGUCCCGGGCCCUGUCCCAGCUGGCAGAGGUGGAGGACAAGAUGGAGCAGCUGCAUCAGGAGCAGGCAGCCAGUGACUUCUUCAUUUUUGAGGAGAUGCUGGCCGACUACAUCCGCCUGCUGGGCGCUAUGCGGGGCUGUUUUGACCAGCGCAUGCGGGCGUGGCAGCGAUGGCAAGAGGCUCAAGGCACACUCCAGAAGAAGAGAGAGGCUGAGGCCAAGCUGCUGUGGGCCAACAAGCCUGACAAACUGCAGCAGGCCAAAGAAGACAUCACUGAGUGGGAGUCAAGGGUGACACAGUACGAGAGAGAUUUCGACCGGAUUGGAAUGACUGUACGUAAAGAGGUGCUCCGGUUUGAGAAAGAAAAAGCCAAGGACUUCAAGAGCCAGAUAAUCAAGUAUUUGGAGGCAAUGCUGCAGUCUCAACAACGGCUUAUAAAGUUCUGGGAGGCGUUCCUGCCCGAGGCGAAGGCGAUAGCUUAAUGAAGAGGGAGACGUCUUAAAGACCCCAACUGCCUUUUUUGAACACUUUACCUCUUGACCAGGAACUGAGAGGACAAUUUUGAAACACACAAGAAACUUCCAUCCAUUUUGUUCUUUUGUCUUUUUAACCAUAGUGUAUUCUCUUAAUCUUGUACAGCUCUUUGAUAUAUUAAGCUGCCGCAUUUACACAACAUUUCUCUGGCAUAACUUCUUGUUUGUGUUCUUGACUUAAAGAUGGUAUGAAGCAGGAAGCCAGCAGAGGUGAACCUGGCUGUAGUAUUUGUAAAGCCCACUGUCUGUCAGUUGGAUGUAUGUUUCUUGCUUUAACCGGUAUAUUAAAGUGUUCACACUGAGGUACUGCCCUAGAAUAACAUUGUCUAUAGUUUACAUUAGGAGAAUACGUAAGUCAUUCCAGUGUCUAACAGCUUAUGUUGAUGGAUGCAUGUCAGAUAAUGUUUGAAGCACUAAAAUGCAUUGUAAAAAUACAAACCACUAUUGAUUACUGAGGUCAUUUACCUGAAGUAUUAGCACAUUGUUACAGUGUAUCACAAUGAAUAUUGAAUCAUAGAGGUCAAAUUAAACUUAAAAGAGUUGACGAAGUUACAUGCUUGUCAGAGUUGUUACAGAAUGAGAACAGAUAUGAGAGGUUUCAGUGAGCGCAAACUGAGAAAAUGCCGUCACUGCUUUGUUGGUAUUUUCUAUGAUGAUGUAUUUGCUAGAAUCAUUUUUAUUCUAUUAAUCCGUCUCUUUCACAACAUUUUUAAGUACUUAGAUUUCUUGUUUGAGGCCCAAAGGAUCUCGUUUGGAAGUGCUGCAGAGAUUAUUAACUGCCGUUGUAAAUGACUAUCAACAAUACUUGAAUUGAAUCACGCCACUACUGUCUGAUAUUAUUGGUGAUCAUACAUUUCUUUUUGAUAAAUUGGUUUAACAAUGACUGAGAGGCACAGACAUUCAAGUGAUACGGUCCUUAUUUUCUUAUUCAGCGUUUGUACUCGUAGUUUUACCGUCAUGUCAUAUUUACGUAAGAAUGUGCUUUAUUUUUGUAACCACUUUGCAUUAGCACACACAUUCUCCUGGAAAUGCUAUACAGGUAGAUGUACAAAAUAAAUAUGAUUGGUUAAGCUUUG